CUUGGCUGUCACUGAGGAUGUGCACGGCACACAGCAGUCUCUCUAGUACCACGUGUCCCAAUCCAGAGAGGCAGGAGGAUGGAGCUCGGAAGGAUUUCAGCUCCAGGCUGGCCACAGGACCAACUUUGCAACAUUUUAAGAAGUGCCUCAGCUCCUCAAGAGAAGCUGUCUUCAGAAAUGGAAGACCCACCCCCCUAUCUCAUGAAGGAUGAACUUUUAGGAAGUCAGAGAAAAGUCUACCUCGAGACCUAUGGCUGCCAGAUGAAUGUGAAUGACACAGAGAUAGCUUGGUCCAUCUUACAGAAGAGUGGCUACCUGCGGACCAGUAACCUCCAAGAGGCAGAUGUGAUUCUCCUUGUCACGUGUUCUAUCAGGGAGAAGGCUGAGCAGACCAUCUGGAACCGUUUACAUCAGCUUAAAGUCUUGAAGACAAGGCGGCUCCGCUCCCGGGUUCCUCUGAGGAUUGGGAUUCUAGGCUGCAUGGCUGAGAGGUUGAAGGAGGAGAUCCUCAACAGGGAGAAAAUGGUAGAUGUUUUGGCUGGACCUGAUGCGUAUCGGGACCUUCCCCGAUUGCUGGCUGUUGCUGAGUCGGGCCAGCAAGCCGCCAACGUGCUGCUCUCUCUGGACGAGACCUAUGCUGAUGUCAUGCCAGUCCAGACAAGCCCCAGUGCCACAUCUGCCUUUGUGUCGAUCAUGCGAGGUUGUGACAACAUGUGUACCUACUGCAUUGUUCCUUUCACACGGGGCCGGGAGAGGAGUCGGCCUGUUGCCUCCAUUCUAGAGGAAGUGAGGAAGCUUUCUGAGCAGGGGCUGAAAGAAGUGACGCUUCUUGGUCAGAAUGUUAAUAGUUUUCGGGACAAUUCAGAGAUUCAGUUCAACAAUGCAGCGUCUACCAACCUCAGCCGUGGCUUUACCACCAACUAUAAAACCAAGCAAGGAGGACUUCGUUUUGCCCAUCUUCUGGAUCAGGUCUCCAGAGUGGAUCCUGAAAUGAGAAUCCGUUUCACUUCUCCCCACCCCAAGGAUUUUCCUGAUGAGGUUCUGCAGCUGAUUCAUGAGAGAGAGAACAUCUGUAAACAGAUCCACCUGCCAGCCCAGAGUGGAAGCAGCCGUGUGUUGGAGGCCAUGCGGAGGGGAUAUUCAAGAGAAGCUUACGUGGAGUUAGUUCACCAUAUCAGAGAAUCCAUUCCAGGUGUGAGCCUUAGCAGUGACUUCAUUGCUGGCUUUUGUGGUGAGACGGAGGAAGAUCAUGUCCAGACAGUAUCUUUGCUCCGGGAAGUUCAGUACAAUAUGGGCUUCCUCUUUGCCUACAGCAUGAGGCAGAAGACACGGGCAUAUCACAGGCUGAAGGAUGAUGUCCCGGAAGAGGUAAAAUUAAGGCGUUUGGAGGAACUUAUCACUGUCUUCCGAGAAGAAGCAACAAAAGCCAAUCAGACCUCUGUGGGCUGUACCCAGUUGGUGCUAGUGGAAGGGCUCAGUAAACGCUCUGCCACUGACCUAUGCGGCAGGAAUGAUGGAAACCUUAAGGUGAUCUUCCCUGAUGCAGAGAUGGAGGAUGUCAAUAACCCUGGGCACAGGGUCAGAGCCCAGCCUGGGGACUAUGUGCUGGUGCAGAUCACCUCAGCUAGCUCUCAGACACUUAAGGGCCAUGUUCUCUGCAGGACUACCCUGAAGGACUCCUCCGCGUAUUGCUGAGCUGGGAGGAUGGCCUCAGAGCUGACUUGGGCAGUCUUCCCCAACAGGAAGGGGAAACAUUGCUGGUCACUGAGGAAAGAGGCAUGAAGCUGUGGAGAUGAGCUGCAAGGUGUGUGAAGCAACUUUAUGUCAGUGGAAAACGUGUCUCUUUGCUGCUAUGUGAAUAGCUUUUACAGUCAUUAAAUUUACCUAAAGUUAA